GGCGGGGCCUAGCCGGCCGCAUUACCGUCGUCGUCACGUGAUGCGGCCUGUCGGGCUCCCAAGAUGGCGGUUUGCGUAGCGGUGAUCGCCAAGGAGAAUUACCCUCUUUACAUCCGCAGUGUCCCCACGGAGAACGAGCUCAAGUUUCACUACAUGGUGCACACGUCCCUAGACGUGGUGGACGAGAAGAUCUCAGCAAUGGGGAAGGCCCUGGUGGACCAGAGGGAGCUCUACCUGGGCCUGCUGUACCCCACAGAGGACUACAAGGUUUAUGGCUACGUGACCAACUCCAAGGUGAAGUUUGUCAUGGUGGUGGAUUCCUCCAACACGGCGCUCAGAGACAACGAGAUUCGCAGUAUGUUCCGGAAGCUGCACAACUCCUACACAGACGUGAUGUGCAACCCCUUCUAUAACCCGGGGGACCGCAUUCAGUCCAGGGCCUUUGAUGGCAUGGUGACGUCCAUGAUGAUACAGGUCUGUUGAGGAGAGCUCUGCAGCCCGUGGCUGGAAGGAAUCGUUCUGUGCAUAACUGUGUUGUUCAGAUGUAUCUUUAUUUCCACUUGUCUCCUCUUGGGUGUCAUGGACGUGCCGCUGGGGGCAGGGCCUCAUGCACGGUGCCUGUUGACUAAAGGUCUCGUGAGAUCA